CUCCUUUCUGUUGUAUUCUUAGGAGCUGCAACCAUGGCAAUCCUAGGGAAUCGAGAGCAGCUAACGACGGAUCCGCGCUUGACCAACAUCGCAAAAGCCGAUACGAUACCAUGGUAUAGGAAACCGAAUUUACGGCUCUUGUAUCUGAUUUUGGUUCCAUGUGCGCUGGGUGUAGAAAUGACCUCUGGAUACGACUCGUCUAUGAUGAAUGGACUCCAAGCUGUGCCAGCAUGGGAUAAAUAUUUUAACCACCCCACAGGAUCUCGCCUCGGUCUCUACAAUGCGAUGUAUUCCCUCGGUGCGCUUCUCGCGGUUCCAUUUGUACCUUUCGUCUCCGACAGGCUUGGUCGUCGCCGGACUAUUCUCUUUGCAUCCGUUAUCAUGAUCAUGGGUGCGGCUAUUCAAGGAGGCUCACAAAACUACAACAUGUUCAUGGCGUCUCGGUGGCUCCUUGGUUUCGGCAUCCCAUUUGCUAUUGUGAACGCGUCCUCGCUGCUAGGCGAGCUCGGAUACGCUAAAGAACGUGCGGUUCUCACGAGUGUUUUUAAUGCAUCUUGGUUUGUUGGGUCCAUUGUCGCAGCCGGAACGACGUACGGCACAUUCACGAUAACAACCACGUGGUCCUGGCGCAUUCCCUCUCUGCUCCAAGCUUUCCCAUCGCUCCUGCAAAUUAUCUUCAUGUAUUUCUGCCCCGAAAGUCCUCGAUGGCUGAUUGCCAAAGACCGCAACGAGGAAGCGCUUGGUAUCCUCCAGAAAUAUCAUGGCGAAGGCAUUGAUGGAGAAGAAUUCGUGCGUCUCGAAUACGCCCAAAUCCGCAGCACCAUCACGCUCGAACUCGAAAAUGCCCGCAAAUUCGCCUGGGCUGAUGCGUGGCGUGAUCCAGCUAUGCGACGUCGCUUCUUCCUUGCUGGAGUGACGGGCUGGUUCACGCAAUGGUCCGGAAAUAACCUGAUUUCGUUCUACCUUAAGUUGAUUCUGAACCAAAUCGGUAUCACGAAUCCCAGGACGGUACAGAAAGUGAUUCUGAGUAACACUUGCUGGAGUCUGAUCAACGGGCUACCAAUCGCACUCAUCUCGCCGCGGUUCCCGCGCCGGAAGGGAUUUCUGUUUUGCACGAUUGGAAUGUUGUGUGUGUAUAUCGUCUGGACUAUUGCGUCAGCUCGGAGGGAGAUUACGCAUACAAACUCGGCGGCUAUUGCGGUGGUCGUAUUCAUUUUCGUAUACUCGCCGUUCUACAACAUCGGCUGGAACGCGCUGGCUUACACCUACAUGGUUGAAAUCUUUCCAUUUCAGCAACGGGCCAAAGGCAUCGCGUUCGAGCAACUCACCGUCCGCCUUGCCAACUUUUUCAACACAUAUGUCAAUCCGAUUGCGAUGGCUAGCAUCAAGUGGAAGUACUACAUCUUCUACUGUGUGUGGAUGAUUGUGGAGAUCAGCACCGUGUACUUUAUGUUUCCGGAGACGCAUAAUCGGACUUUAGAGGAGUUGAGUUUCAUGUUUGAAGGUAAAGAGAAACAGCUGCAGGCAGAGGAGGGUGUGAAUAAAGUCUUGCAUGAGGUUGAGGGAAAGGGAAGCUCCGUGCAGCUGGAGGAAGUUGAGAAGAGUGAGGCGUGAGCACAGACUCUAGUACGACGUCACGAACUGUCAGUUCAAUCAUCUCACUUGGAUCAUGGCAGGUGUUCAUUGAGAACAGAAGUCUGCAUCCUAUAUAUGCUAUUUUCGAUUAUAGCAACAGGUUCGGUCGCUCACCUCCUCUCUAAUAGCGUUCCGCAAUUUUUGCGAAUGUGUUGGAUGGCUUCUGGAAUGCCAUACGAAACACGUGGCAAUUAUCACAGGUUAUGGGUGGAGUUUCCAUGAGUCUCCACCUAAGAGAAGGAUUUGCAGAGAAUGGAGCAG